AUGUCCUCGCCUAGAGUGCAGCUUCCGCAGGGAACGGUCGUAGGCGCCGUCUCACGGGAAAAGUAUCCUCAUGCAGUGGAAUUCUUCAAGGGCAUUCCCUAUGCGUUACCGCCAACAGGUGAACGCCGGUUCCGCCCACCAGAAAAAGUAGGAAAGAGCCAGGACACCAUGAAUGCGACGAAAUUCGGUCCCAGGGCUCCAGCACAGCAGCUCAUGACGAUUGGACCAAAGCUAGAGGAAAGCGAAGACUGUCUGACUGCAAAUGUGUUCCGACAGGCGGGACAUGAUCAGUCGAAACCGCUACCCGUUGCUGUGUACUUUCACGCAGGCGCUUUCAACCGUGGGAAUGCUGCUAUGCAUGAUACAGCAGCCAUGGUGGGAUGGUCCGAGCAGCCAUUCAUUGCGGUUUCGUUUGGAUAUCGCAUUGGGGCGCUGGGCUUCCUCCCAUCAAGAUUAAGCGCCAAAGAAGGCGCCCUCAACCUCGGUCUGAAAGAUCAGAUUUGCCUACUUGACUGGGUCGAGGAGAAUAUCGGUCAUUUUGGGGGUGACAAAGAUUGCGUCACACUCAUAGGGCUUUCCGCCGGUGCACACUCGAUUGGUCACCUUUUACUUAAUUACGAGGAGGGUAAAGCACCAAAAUUCCAUCGGGUUGUCAUACAAUCUGGCGCCCCAACGUCCCGUGCUGUGCGUCAACCAGACGCAAAAAUCCAUGAAGAGCAAUUCCAGGACUUCUUGAAAGAAGUAAAAUGUCCGCCAUCAUUGCCUGAAUCAGAAAUAUUUAGUUACCUUAGCAAAAUCCCUAUUUCUACGAUUGCUAAGGCUCAAACAACGGUGUUUCAAAAGUACAAUCCUAGUUUGCGUUGGGCUUUCCAGCCAGUAAUCGACAACGAGACCAUUCGUGGCCGCCCAAUCGAUGCCUGGAGAAACGGAAAAUGGCACAAGGUUCCGAUAAUGACUGGAUUCCAAGGGAACGAGGGAUCCCUGUAUGUCAACAAGAAGAUGUCCAAGUCCUCAGAAUUCCUUCAGUUUUGGAAAACCCUACUGCCACAAUUGAGCGAUGAGGAUAUCCAGACCAUAAACCGAUUAUACCCCGAUCCCGACGAAGUGCCGGAUUCUAUCUACAGAGAAACAAGGCUAGAUCACGGUGUUGGUCCAAUGUACAAGCGCAUCGAAGCGGCAUAUGCACACUACGCAUACGUAGCACCAGUCCGCCAAACCGCCUUCUUCGCCAGCCCGCACACGCCCGUGUACGUAUAUCACUGGGCAAUGAGACGCGAUAUUGUAUACGGAGCCCGCCACUCAGACAACAUGUUCUAUGAAAUGAAGGAUCGAGCAAUCUGCGAAAAACUAAAGUCUCAAGAUGAGUUGUCGGGUAUACUGCAUGCCUACACUACAAGCUUUAUUUGCACAGGCAACCCUAACGCUUUGGGUGGUUCGUAUAGCAGUAGACCUGCGUGGAAAAACUAUGACAAGGAGAAACCGGAAAUUAUGAUUUUCGGGCGGGAUAACACCGAGCUGAUUGGCGGUCAGGAAGUUGGAGAACUUGCCAUGAUGAUUGACGAUGAAUACGCAAAGGAAGAAAGCGAUUUCUGGUGGUCCAAAGUCGAGAUUUCUCAGCAAUAG